AGUUGAGCCUGAAUGAAAGUGGCGCGCCUCUUUUGACGUUACCCGAUUCCGAGCGGCGGGACUCGGACCCCGGCUGGGAUUUUUUUUUUUUUUUGGAGUUUGGGGGCCUCCAGUGGCCCUGCCGACCGCGAGGCGGCGGCGGCGGCGGCGGCGCUGCUGCUGCGGGCAUCGGUGGAGAAAGAGAGAGAAGCAGACUCUGCGUGGCGCCGGGACAUGGCUCACAACAAAAUCCCGCCGCGGUGGCUCAACUGUCCUCGCCGCGGCCAAACGGUGGCAGGAAGAUUCUUGCCUCUGAAGACAAUGUUAGGACCAAGAUAUGACAGUCAAGUUGCUGAAGAAAAUCGCUUCCAUCCCAGUAUGCUCUCAAAUUAUCUAAAGAGUCUGAAGGUUAAAAUGGGCUUGUUGGUGGAUCUGACAAAUACUUCAAGAUUCUAUGACAGAAAUGAUAUAGAAAAAGAAGGAAUCAAAUAUAUUAAACUUCAGUGUAAAGGACAUGGUGAAUGCCCUACUGUUGAGAAUACGGAGACAUUUAUUCGUCUGUGUGAGAGAUUUAAUGAAAGGAAUCCACCUGAACUUAUAGGUGUUCAUUGUACCCAUGGUUUCAAUCGCACUGGUUUCCUCAUAUGUGCCUUUUUGGUGGAGAAAAUGGAUUGGAGUAUUGAAGCAGCAGUUGCUACUUUUGCUCAAGCCAGACCACCAGGAAUUUAUAAGGGUGAUUAUUUGAAAGAACUCUUUCGUCGCUAUGGUGAUAUAGAGGAAGCACCACCUCCACCUCUAUUGCCAGAUUGGUGUUUUGAGGAUGAUGAAGAUGAGGAUGAGGAUGAGGAUGGAAAAAAAGAGUCAGAACCUGGGUCAAGUGCCUCCUUCAGCAAGCGGAGAAAAGAACGGUUAAAACUGGGUGCUAUUUUCUUGGAAGGUGUAACUGUUAAAGGUGUUACUCAAGUCACAACGCAACCAAAAUUAGGAGAGGUACAGCAGAAGUGUCAUCAGUUCUGUGGCUGGGAAGGGUCUGGAUUCCCUGGAGCACAGCCUGUUUCCAUGGACAAGCAAAAUAUUAAGCUUUUGGAGCAGAAUCCAUAUAAAGUAAGCUGGAAAGCAGAUGGUACUCGGUAUAUGAUGUUGAUUGAUGGCACAAAUGAAGUUUUUAUGAUUGAUAGAGAUAAUUCAGUGUUUCAUGUUUCAAAUCUGGAAUUUCCAUUUCGUAAAGAUCUCCGAAUCCAUUUAUCAAAUACUCUCUUAGAUGGGGAAAUGAUUAUUGAUAAAGUAAAUGGACAGGCUGUUCCUAGAUACUUGAUAUAUGACAUAAUUAAAUUCAACGCACAGCCAGUUGGAGAUUGUGAUUUUAAUAUUCGUCUGCAAUGUAUAGAACGAGAAAUAAUAAAUCCUCGACAUGAAAAAAUGAAGAGUGGACUCAUUGACAAAACACAGGAACCAUUUAGUGUCAGAAAUAAACCAUUUUUUGACAUUUAUACUUCAAGAAAGCUACUUGAAGGAAAUUUUGCCAAAGAAGUUAGCCAUGAAAUGGAUGGACUUAUUUUUCAGCCUAUUGGAAAAUAUAAACCUGGUCGCUGUGAUGACAUAUUAAAGUGGAAACCACCAAGUCUAAAUUCUGUGGAUUUUCGCCUAAAAAUAACAAGAAUAGGAGGAGAAGGGUUACUUCCUCAGAAUGUUGGUCUUCUCUAUGUUGGAGGUUAUGAAAACCCCUUUGCACAAAUCAAGGUGACAAAAGACCUGAAACAGUAUGACAACAAAAUUAUAGAAUGCAAAUUUGAGAAUAACAGCUGGGUCUUCAUGAGACAGAGAACAGACAAAAGUUUUCCAAAUGCCUACAACACUGCCUUGGCUGUGUGCAAUAGCAUCUCAAAUCCUGUCACCAAGGAGAUGCUGUUUGAGUUCAUCGACAGAUGUGGAGCCCCUACUCAGGGACAGAAGCGAAAGCAUCAUGUGGACCCUGACACAGAACUCAUGCCACCACCACCUCCCAAAAGACCACGCCCAUUGACCUAGUCCCACCUUCCACAUGAGCAAGAGUAAAGGAAAAAUACUGCUGCUUCAUUUCUGCAGCCAGAGAAAUUCAGAAGAGUGUGUGGCUUGAUGUUGAAACAGAUCUAAUUUUGUUUUCCAUAAAAAGAAAGUAUUGUAGCCUAUCUGUAAAUAUUUAAUGCUUUUGUUUCUUCAGUGCUACAGUACAUCAUGGACUUAAACAUUUUAUUUAUAUCUGAUAAACUCAGCCUUACCUUGAAGAGUCUGGAGUGAAAUAUCCAAAGGUUUAAAUGAGAUUGAAAUCAAUGAAAAGAGGCCUUGUUUAUAUAUGGAGAACUUUCACCUUUAAUUUAUAAAGUUAGCAGUCUGCAACUCUGAGAACAUAGAACUCUGCAUUUUUUUUAGCAGUUUUGUUUCAACUAUGGUGAAUUUUCCUUUUAAAAAUUUAGGCAGUGGUAGUAAACAUUCUUGUUCUCAUUUAUCAUGGAUUUCCUAUAUCUCUAAGAUUCUUGUAUUAAAAAAGUAAUAACAAGGUUGUUAAGUAUUGAACUUUAUCAAACAACUUGCUCUAUCAUUUUAGAAGUAGUUUUUAUUAAGGUGGAAAUGUUAGAAAAGUAAAGCUGCAUUUUUGUGAUGUCAUUCUUUCUGAAGGAAAUUUGAGUAUUUUCAUUUAUUAUUGUUUGUAUGAAGUAAAAUACCAGCUUUUUAAGGUGUCCAUUACAACAGUGGUUUUGAGUUAUCACAUUGAACUUAUAUCUAUACCCCCAGGUCCUCUGAAUGGUGUUCUCCUGAGAAACUUUUUAUUUAAUGCCAGGGCUGUCUCUGCCUCAGUGGGAUCAGCCCAUUGUAAAUCACAUUAGAACACAUGAUUCGCUGUGAUUAUGGGAGUGAUAUUAAAUGCAAAUGAUGUUGUCUCAGUACCCAUACACAAAGCUGCACAGGCAAUGCCUGCUGACUGACUACUUUGAUUGGAAGGUAACAUCAGUGGAAUAGACUAUUGUCAUGGAAAAGUACUCUCCCUGCCAGAUAUAUGCAGAGGCAGAGAGUAGGCAUCUGUUGGACUAUCAUGGAAACCAAGACAUGUAUUUUCAAAGCCAGAAUCUGUGUUCUAUUCUGGGAGUGCUAUUUCUGCUCAAAAUCUUGACUUGUAAUAUUUACUGAUAGAUAAUGGAUAUGAAGAGCAAGAUAAUUGGUCAUCUGCCCAUUCUUGAGAAACUGUGUUAUGAUUGGUUUGUGAAGGAGCUUUGAGAAUUAGCCAAAUAGAGGCUAAUUUAUUUAUUUUUAGAAAUACAGGUUUUAAAUAUAUAUGUAUUUAAAACAAAUUUUCAUGUUCCAAAUUUUAUAUAUGUAUCUGCACAUGUGGCUAUGUCCAGCAAUGUAUAUUCUUCUAUAUACAGACCUGAAAAUCCAAACAAGUGACCUAGUAGACUAAAAAUCUGAUAAUCUUUCUAUAUGUUAUAGCACAGACUAACAAAAAAUGUAUUUAUAUUCACCUGAGUUUUAUGUUUUGUAACAGUUUUCACCUGCAAUCCUUUUCUAUAUGAAAUAAUAGUCAUGCUUGGGUUUUUUUCCUUCGUUGUCCUCCAAGUCAUGAACUUAGUGUGAAUUUACCUAAAAGGCCGUUUUAAUAUUUCUUUCUUAGAAUGCUUUUGUUCAUUUGGGUGCUAAAUGAAUUAAAAUACUGAAAGUCACAGUAACAGUGAAAAGCUGGAGAGGUCUCAUGAUUCCAUGCAUAGUAUCUUGUGCAAAGUGGAUCUUAAAAAAAUGCCUCUGUGGCUCUGGUGAUUCCCAGGAUUCGUGGCUCCUUUCAUGUGGUGCACUACUUUCUGUGGAGCCUGUGUAAGGCACAAAGAGGCCUUUGCAGAUAUAAGAACAAGCAUUUGCCAGUGAUCUUUAAUGGAGUUAAAAUGUUUAUGGUAAUUUUAACCUUUUAAAUGAGUUAUGUGAAAAGAGCAUCUCAUUUUUAAUAUACUCAUAUAUUUUUCUUUGCCUUUGUGAAUUUUAACAGGACUUAAUUUUCUUAAUUUAUUUUUUGCUUUCAAUUACAGUGAAGUAUAAUAAUUGGCCUUCUAAGCUGUCCCCAUUCAGCUCCUGAGCACACAACCAUUUGCAGGAUUAUAAAAAGUUACAUCUAGAAAAGUGUGAGGUAGGAUAGGGGGAGAAAUAAGUGGCAGGAUCCAGGACCUUCAUCAAGGAAAUAAUUCUCUGCCAGUAUUAUAGUAACUAUUUUCUGACACUGAAGUUUUAUAGACAAAAAUAAGUAACUUUGCUUUUCUGAGUUAACACAUAUAAAAGCUUUUGCUUUGUGUUUGGAAAAGAUAUGAAUGACUUGACUGCUAAUGGUUAUGUUUGCUUUCUGAGAAAUGCACAGAAAACGCCAGGACAUUCCUUCUCUAAUUGUGUGUCAGUGUAUAUUGUAAUAAAACUACUGAUUAAAAAAAAUCACAGGAAGUGGAUCUAUUUUAGUUUA